ACGGAGGACAUUCGAGCAAAAACCAAGAAGUUGACGAUUCAUGAGAAAAGGAAGAGGGGGCCUAAGGUGAUGUUCGAAGACAGUCCACCGAUGGUCAUCCCAGCCAAGCGGACACCGCGACGAUCCGAGCAGAAGAAGAAGGACACCAACACACCUGUUCGAAUUACCCGCUCAAGAGCCAAGUUGAAGACGAAGUUAUCACCGUUGAUUGACAAGUUCAAGAAGAUACCAGGGCAGCCUAGCACCGUUGAGAAGCUACGAUAUCGUAACCAGCAAAUGGAAGACUUACGUUCACUGGAUGCGUUGGAGCUGCAGGGAAUCUGCAAGGACGAACGGGUGGUGUAUGUCGGGAAGAUUGAUGCGAUAUUCGAUAUCGCUAGCCAUCGUACUCGAUUGCACUUCGGCGAGAUCGAGGCGAUCGAGGUAUCCAGCGCUACGGAGCUGGUCGAGGACGAAGCAGCAAUCGCUGAAGAAGUGGUAUCUGGGUUCUCGAACUGGUACAAUCUGAAGGGGUUUGUACCUGACUUCGGCCUUUUCGAUUUUCAAGUUUGCUUUGGUGAGAAGGACGACUCCUCUGAUAGGAUCUCGGUGUUGGAAGUCAACACCGUGAAGAGAGAGUGUGAUGGGAUGGUUCUCACCCCUUUGGAUCGUAACGCUGGGGAGACACUUGUUAUGUGUCCUUUCGUGUAUUAUAGGGCGAUGAUGGAUUCUUUCGUUACGAAUGUUGGUUACAGGAUUGUCAAAGACCAGGAGAGGGAGGUUUUGGCGAUGGUCAAAAUGGAAGUUCGUGAGGAGGGUUUGACGAAGUUUGCCCGUUGGGACGAUAAGGGGAGCUAUGGAGUCUCCUAUGUACUCCCGAAACAUAAAGACACAAGUCGGUUUCGACCCAUAUGCCCCACCUUCAAGGAGCCUAUGGUGAAGAUUGGACGAGUGGUGGCGAAGGCUUUGAAUCACUUAUUGUUCCAAUUGCCUGUUGACAACCAUUCCAAUCUUCAGGCCGUCUCGAGUCUCGCGGCCAGAUUGCAACGCAUCAACAGGAGGAUCGAGAGAGGGAAUAGGGAGGGAGUAGAGUCGGCUUCGUAUGACAUCAAGGAGAUGUUCAACCGACUCCCUCACGAAGACAUUCUUGAAGCGGUUGAGUGGAUCGAUCACGAUCAACGGAAAGGCAAGCUAUCGGUGCGAGUUAACACUAGGGGCAGAGGCGCUUCCUUUGGGAAGACAACGGGUGCCGACCAUAGGAGACAGUUGGAUCUCUUUGACAUCCUUAAGUUUGUAAGAUUAGAAUUGAAGCAUACCUACACGUAUGCUACCGGGGUCCAACUGAGACAAGUGAUUGGCAUUCUGAUGGGCAAGAGUACAAGCCUACCUUUGACUUGUAUUCUGUGCGCCUAUGCGGAGUGCAAAUUUCUAAAUAACCUUGGCGUAUUCCGCAAGAGGGUCUUUGGAAUUCGACUCGUCGACGAUGUCACACUUGUCACUGUUGGGCUGUCUGCACAGCAACGAGGAGCGAUCUUGGACACCUUCGAGAGCUGCUAUCCGCAGAAUCUGGUACUGAAGAGGAGUGACACAGGCUCGGACACUCUGCAUUUUCUCAGGAUGACUGAUAGGAUAGUCGACCUCUGUGACGGGACUAACGUAGCUAGAACUGUGCGGCAUCCAGUAUGUCGCGUAGCGAUGGUUACGGAAGAGGGUUAGUCGGUGAAGUUUCGGGUGAAGUUUUUUGGUGGGAAACCCCCUGAGGAGGCAGCCUGGCAGCUGCCGAAACGUGCGUUGCGGACGCCG